UAUUUUUGUCACGAAAUCACUCUUUUCAAGCCCUGUUGCUUGGCCUAUAAACCGACGCUGGUCGCGUUUCGACGAUGCAAAAGCUUCGUUGACUUUCCCAGCUCGCGGCAGCUCAUCGAGACAGCAGCAGCAGCAGCAGCAGCAGCAGCAGCAGCAGCAGCAAGCAGCGCAGCAGCGGCAUCCAGCCAAGAGGCAUGCAGCAGGACCUCGGUGACGAAGGCGGACGACGUGCUGCGUCGCGCGAGCUCGUGGCUGUGGAGUCGUCGCGACGGGGAGGCCGGCUGGGCCAACGACACCCACCGCGUACUGCUCGCGUUGAGGCUCUCCAAUCUGUCCAAGGAGAUAACGUGCCACCCCCCGGCCAACCUGCAGAUGCAGCUCAGCACCAAGCAGAUGGAACUUGAGAUCGUUUUGCUGCUUUGGAGACACCGCGAGAUGGGCAGCUCCCCGACGAAGUUGGCGCGCUACGCUCUGGCGCUGAACGCCAUGUGCAUGGAUCCGAGGCAAUUCCAUGGCCACGACCUGAUAGGCGCGCUGCAGCAUCACGAGCCGCCCACGGACUACGAGUUCGCCCUCACGGCUCUGGCGGCUUGCAACGCACAGGCACACGUGAGGAAGAGGCAGAUGAGGCGACUGCUCGACAUCGCGCACACCGCACAUGAUCACACCAUUGAGACUCUAGCUAUGAGCAUAAUGACGCUGCGCUGCAUAGCCCAAGACCACCGCCACCGCUACCCGCCUCACUUCGUGCGCAAGCCGUCCGUUAGCCUGGCGCAGCGUCAGCGUCGCGACGGCGGCUUCGGCGAUCUGCGCGCGACGGCUCUGGCCCUGCAGGCUCUGGAGGAGGUCGAGAACGAGUCGCUGGACAAUUGGAAUCGCACUUCCGCGCUGCUCUGGCUGGCCGACCGACAGAGGCCCGACGGCUCGUUCGACGGCGAUCUGCAAAUCACUGCCGAUGUUGUUAUGUGUCUGGCGCCUCGGGGGAUCGCCAGUAUCAGGACGCUGGACUGCGGGCAAGGACUGACCGACAGCUCGCCACCGAGGAGCGCCAGCGUCAAUGUGGGGGAGCCGUCGAGCACGUUGUUGCGCAGCGCUACGACGCAAGCACCGGUGCCGACGAGGCAACCAGCGACAACGACGACAACGACGACGGCAAUGCCGAGCAGCACCACGAUCGGCACCCGCAGCGGUAGCGCGUCGGCGGGUGCGGCAGAGGACGACGAGGACGAGGAGGAAUUGUCGAGCUCGAUAAUAAUUGGGAAGCCGCAAGCGCCGCUUGUCAACGUCACUUACACGCUGUGGGUCGGCAGCGACGUCGACGAGAUCUACAAUCUGACGCUGAGCGCGCCCAAAAACGAGACCUUCUACGAAGUCAUGGUGCUAGCUGCCCAACGAUCGCCCAAUUUCCAAUUCUCCGCUUACGAGUGGCCUAACGGGCAUUACGUUCACACGCUUGGCGGCCACAAGGAGGAACCUAUGUCUUAUCAUUAUUGGCUGCUUUACAAGCUGCCUGCGCCGCCCGAGCCUAAUUCACCGCCUGGCAAUCAGCUUGUCGCUCCUGGAGGCGUUGACGAUCUGCAGAUCAGCAAUGGCGAACAUUAUCUCUUCUGGUACAAAAAGCUCUAAAAGGUUCGAUGUAAAAAAAGUACACAUAAGGAAUAUAUAAAUGCCGCGGACGCGUGUCAGCUGGAUAAAAAAUCAUUAAGCUAAGCGAAAAUAAAUAUAUAUUGAAAAAAUUAACGAAGAGUGAGACGGAACGAAGAUAAUAAAUAUAAAAAAUAAAAAAAAAAACAAGGAGUGAAGGAAUGAUUAGUCAACGAGUGCGCGAGGAAAAAAAGAUAUAUAUAUAUAUAUAUAUAUACAUAUAUACAUACAUAUGCUGAAAUAGUACACAAUAUAUAUAUAUAUACAUAUGUAUAUAUAUACACACAUAUUCUAUAUUAUUAUACCAAUGGCAAUUUAGAGACUGCAAGUCUAACGUAAAAAUAUAUCAAGAAAAACAUUUUAACGGUGAGAUAUGAAGAUAUUAUACAAUAAAUGACGCUUGCACGCGACGUUUCAAAGGCAGUGCGAGGUACAUACAUAUGAUCGUGUAAUUUAUAUCAAAAAAAUUGAUUAUACAUCGUACGUAUAGAUAAUAUCGUUAUAUUGUAUUGUAAGCUAUAUUACAAAGGCAUAUGACAUUUUUUAUGAAGAACUGCAAUGCACAACCGUUUAUUGUAAAACUUAUUAUGAUACCGACGUAUUUAUUGUGAUUUCAUGGAUUAAACUAAUUUAAUAAAAUACAA